AUGGUAGGGGUUAGCAUUCACAUCAUGAGAACAGAACAUUUGAAGGAAGAAGUGCAAAUAUUUGCUGAUCAAAAGGCGACUGUGACUACACAGCAGUACCAGAUUUGAAUUUAUCACAGCCAGAGUGAAGUGCAUUUAGCCAACAAAGAAGACUGAAAAGAGACAGAGGAGUAAAAUGUCCCCACUGUUAUUUGUCCUGAUUCUGGCCACGACAACCUUUGCAUCAGCUGCAAGUGACCCGAAGAUAUAUGCCUCUGAGAACCCGUUACCAGUCGGCAGCACAGUCACACUUUUCAGCCAGGAAAAUGUAACUACAGGGGCAUGGUUGUUCGACAAUGACAUCAUUGUGAUCAUAUUCCCAGGGGAUCAAAUCAUAGGUGACAGUUGGCGUGCCAGGGUUACUUUCAACUCAACCUCUUCAGCAUUGACUAUAAGGUCGCUACAGCUGGAGGACUCAGGAGUUUACACGUUACAGGCAGUGAAUUCUUUUCGUGCUCAGUUAACCCUGUCAGUCCAAGUGCCCGUUUCAGGUGUGACUCUGACAGCGAACACAACCAACCUGGUGGAGUUCAACGACACAGCAGUUCUCAUGUGCUCUGCGCUCAGCGGCUCGUCCCUGUCUUAUGCUUGGCUCAAGGGCAGCUCUGAGGUCACAGCCGGUGGGGGGAUACAGCUGAGUGACGGAGGCACCACUCUCACCUUGGUCAGUGUGACCCGCGAUGACGUGGGGCCGUUCAGGUGCAACGUGUCCAAUGGCCUGAGCCAUGAAAUCAGCCCUCCUGUGUCUCUGAACAUCAGCUAUGGUCCAAGUAACAUCACGAUGACCAUCAUGCCGAUGAAAUCCGCCUACAGAACAGGAUCUGACAUCACACUGUGGUGCUCAGCGGAGUCCAGCCCUCCAGCGGUGAUCCAGUGGAUGGUUAAUGGGACGUCCCUAAAUCAUUUUGGCCCAAUGCUCCAGCUCGAGAGGGUUACAGAGAGCAACUCGGGAAAUUACAGAUGCUUGUUACACAACACAGUCACGUCCAGGUUCAGCAGCAAAAGUGCAACCAUCAGGAUUGUGGAGCCAAUAGCAGCAGCUGUGGUGAAGCACACAGGUGGACCUGCAAUACUCAACGAGCCGUUCAGCCUGCACUGUGAAGUGACUGGAUUUGUUACCAGCAUUCACUGGUGGAAAAAUGGUCAACUGAUUCAGCCUGACAAUGCAACAAACUUUCACAUGGACAACAAGACGCUGAUUCUCGACCCAGUCCAACUUUCAGAUGACGGAGAUUAUCGCUGCCAGGCUGUUAAUCCUGUGAGCAACAUGACCAGCAGCCCCUACACAGUUCAAGUAAACUAUGGACCGCAGAUGCCAACCAUCACUGGUCCAAAUGUGGCAAAGACAGGACACAAUGUCACAUUCAGCUGCCACGCAUCAUCAAACCCUCCCAGCUCCUACAAAUGGUUCUACAAUGGUUCAGUGGUGGCCAGUAUGUCCGAGUACAUCACACCUCCUCUCACCAAAGACAUGAGUGGGAUGUACACCUGCAAGGCCUACAACAACAUCACUGGCGAAAACAGCACUGCAUACACGAUGCUCACUGUUUUUGAUCCAAUCGAUUAUGUAGAAGUGGAACCACCUAUGAAUCCUGCCAUAGAAGGUCAUGUUUAUAAGCUAACAUGCAAUGUGAGUGGACCUGUUGUGCAUAUUUACUGGAUGAAAAAUGGUGAACUGCUGCAUGAAGACCACAGAACUGUUUUUCACAUGGAUAACAAGACGGUCACCUUCAACCCGCUGGAAAAAAAUGACGCUGGAUACUAUCAGUGUAUGGCUAUUAUUGAUGCCUGCAACGUGACCAGCCCUUCGUACAUGCUCCUUGUGAACUUUGGACCAGAGACACCGAUGAUUCGUGGGCCAGCCUUUGCUGAGAUGGGACAUUACGCGACCUUCUACUGUUCGGCCACGUCAGAGCCUCCCAGUUACUUCAGCUGGUGGUUCGAUGGCAACAACGUGGGCAAUAAUUCAACAUAUACAACUGACCGUUUGUCUUUUAAUAUGAGUGGAGAAUACACCUGCAAGGCCCACAAUAAUGUGACAGGAAAGAACAGCUCAAGCUCCAAGAUGCUCACAGUCAUUGAGGCAAUAGAGUCAGUGAUGAUCAAAAAUAAAACAAUUCCAAUAAACAACAAAAACUUCACCCUCACCUGUGAUGUCACUGGACCCUAUGACGCCAUCCACUGGAUGAAGGACGGCGUGUACCUCAACAUGAACAACUCCACUGCAGAUGCACACAUGUCGUACUACUUUGAAAACGAAACAUUGUACUUCACUCCGGUGACGAUUUAUGAUGACGGGAUGUAUCAGUGUGUUGCUACUAAUCAGGCUGGCCGACAUAAAAGCCCCAAAUACACGGUCUGGGUGAACUAUGGCCCUCUGCACGUGACAAUCUCUGGUCCAUUUUUAAGAGAAGGUAGCAACAACAGUAUCCUGAUCUGCUCCGCUGAUUCUCGGCCAGUUUGUGACUUCUACUGGUUUUUCAACAACCAGCCAUCAGUGGUUCUGAUGACUGGCCCUAUGAUCACUUUCCCCACGACGAAAGGCAAUGAGGGGACAUACAUAUGCAUGGCGAGGAACCCUGUGACCAAUAUCACAAUGUACAAGACUAAAACCUUUUCUGCCGCUGCCUCCGCCCUCCACUUCACAUCCCGAGGUGUCCUGAUGUUGAUGGGUGUGUUUGCUCUGUCUGUCCCUGUGCUGUCCAACUGAGUCCUUCACGCUGAGGAAUCCAGACUGAAAGGCGUCGUGCUCCCUCUACAGUCUGAACCUCUGACUGUAAAAUGAAUGUGAAGGUACCGGGUGGUCAAUAUUCUGUUGAUAUGUUAUUUGUUCUUUGUGUGACAGACUUUGAUUUAGGUUACAGUUUGUUGUUCACUAUGUCAGAUUUAUUUUCAUUAUCACACAAAAUACAGUGAAAGGCAAUGAAAUCAUCUUAUUAUUCCAAGUGGUUUUUAUGUUCAAAUGUUUUCAUUAUUAGCAAGUAAAAGUAGCUUUGUGAGUGUUGUUGUGGUGGCUGCUGACACUGCCCUUGAGGUAGUUUAAUACAAGUGAUUCAAUACUUAACAGAAACAAUGCCAAUAUAGUCCUCUAAAAUAUCUGCAUACUUUGGUACCAACUGUAAUUCAUCAUUUUGAACAACUGCAGAUUUCUCUGUCGCGCGUGAUAAUAAUAAAACUAUAAGUCAAUGUAAGUCUUAACAUGCUUUAAUUCAUGGUAUUUAUU